GGUCGCCGCGGAUCAAACUGCGGCCAAUGGGAGCGCCGCGCAGCAGAUUUGGAUCACCGUUGUCCCGAGCUCUCGUCCGAGAAGCGACGCCGCGAAUCUGGAAUAUUGACACCGAGUGAAACGAGCUACAUGCGGAAGUUGAGCGCGUCCGAGCGAGAAUAACACGACAAGGUACCGGUGCGGACGCUGCAGACUUUAGUUUUCCGGCGGAGAAACGAUGCCUUUGCCGAGGGGAAAGAAAUCGUCCGUCGCGGCUGGGAGCAGGAUCCCCAAGAUGACCGCGACGGAAAACCAGGAGGAAGGCCUGCAGGUGAAGAGGUCGUCCUCCCCUCCUCAUGGAGCCCCCAAGAAGAGGACGGCGUUCAUCGACAUCACCAAUGCUCACAAGGUUCAGAUCAGCCUUCCUGGCAGGAAGAAGGAAACGGCGAAGAGCACGGCUAAGAAGACGAGCUCCGUGCCCAUUAAGAAACAAGCCAACCUGAAAAAGUCGUCGUCAGUGAGCUCGGAGGGAACGACUGCGGAGAAAGAGAGGACGGAGGCAGCGGAGGUGAAGCCCUGUGAGGAGGCGCAGGAGGAGGCGGCGGCGGCGGCUCCAGUAGAAGAGCUGGUGGCUGCUGCGCCCCCUGCUGUCCGACGAGUGCCAGCACACCUCCAGAGGCAACAAAUCCCAGAGGAGUUUGACAUCGACUCUGAGAACUCAGAGGACAGUUACAUGUGUCCGGAGUACGCCAAAGACAUCUUCGACUACCUCAAACGGAGAGAGGAGAAGUUCGUCCUCUGUAACUACAUGCCCAAGCAGCCCAGCCUCAACCCCGAGAUGAGGGCGAUCCUGAUCGACUGGUUGGUCGAAGUGCAGGAAAACUUUGAGCUAUACCACGAGACCCUCUACCUGGCCGUGAAGAUGGCGGACCACUUCCUGUCGCAGACGCCCGUCCACCGGGAGAUGCUGCAGCUCGUCGGCUCCACCGCGAUGCUCAUCGCCUCCAAGUUCGAGGAGUGCAGUCCGCCGUGCGUCGACGACUUCCUGUACAUCUGCGACGACGCGUACAAGAAGGAGGAACUCAUCUCGAUGGAGGCCAACAUCCUGCAGACGCUGUCAUUUGACAUCAACAUCCCCAUCCCCUACCGCUUCCUCCGACGCUACGCCAAGUGUGUGAGCGCCGGCAUGGACACGUUGACUCUGGCUCGCUACUACUGCGAGUUGAGCCUGAUGGACAUGGAGCUGGUCCCGGAGCGAGGCUCGCUGCUCGCCUCCGCCUGCCUGCUGGUGGCGCUGGUCACCAAAGAGCUGGGAGGAUGGUCUCCCAUCCUGCAGUUCCACUCCGGCUACCAGGCGACGGAUUUGGCGCCGGUUGUCAGGAAGCUCCACGUUAUGCUCGCCGCUCCGCCAGAUGACAAGAUGAGAGCCAUCCGGAACAAAUACUCCCACAAGGUGUUUUUCGAAGUUGCAUCGCUGCCGUUGGUCGGCAUUGAUGUGUUGGAGAACGCCUUACUCCAGUGAGACGACGUCAAACAUCCCAGAGAGAAAACCUGUACAUAGUUUGUUAAUAUGUUGUAAUAUUUAUACACGUAGUCUCGUCUCGUCUUUUAUAUAGUAAUAAUAAUAUCGGAAAUAAAUGUUCAGUUCACAUUUUUGAUGGAAAAGAGUUUUAAGAGUGGGCAUUUUGUUCCUGAGGAGUUUUGCCAGUGUCUUGUGUUUUGUACCAGGUCGUUGAUAAUGACUUUUAAAAAAACGUUACAUUGAAGAACAGUUGUUUAUAUAUUUUUUUUUUGGCAUUUAUUUUUUCAUAACUUUUUAUAUGAAGUUUUAAAGAAAAAAGGUUCUUAAUUCAUGAGUGUUUAGUUUGACCUUUGUUUUAAAGAAAAUGAUGCGACCAGACUCUCUCCUGCUGAUGAACGAUGCCCACACAGGUUUUAUUCAUGAAUGUUUAUAUCAGCAGGUUUGUGCACUUGUGUGUUUUCAUCAUGUUAAUAUCGCCGUGCCGAUUAUUUUGAGUAAAAGAGAACCGGAUGAUGCGGUGCUAUUUUUAAAUGGCAUUAAAAUAAAGAUGUUGUAUUCUUUUUUCUGUCUGAUAAAAACGACUUGUUCCAUUAA